AUGCUCAUGGUAUCUUUUGUUUUCCCCUUUUUUUUUUUGUUGAAUACAAUAUCAUGUAUAAAUUUACAAAUUGGAAAUCAAAAAUAUCAAUUGAGUACUAAUAAAAUUAAAAACGAUUUAUUAGAUUUUUAUAGUACAUUAAAUAUUUUAAAGUCAGAAAAAUAUUUAAAAGACAGCAUUAAAAAAAUUAAUUUAUACACAAAAUUAAGGAAAAGAUUAUACAAAGAUAGAUUAAGUAUUUAUGCUAAUGUUAGUGUAAAAGAAAAAGAAGAUGCACCAAUUAAAGUUGUUGAAGGAAAAGAAAAAAAAGAGGAAGAUAAGAAGGAUAUUAUUGAUCAGGAAUUUAUAACUAAUUUUAUGUUAUUUAAUAAAAACAAUUUUUUUUGUAUUGAUGAAUUAGGGUUAGAUAUUAAUAUUCCUUUGUUAAAAAAUAGUAAUUUAGGUGCAAAUAUAGUUUACCAAUUACCAAAAGUAAUUUAUGUUAAUGCAUAUGCAAAUGCUUAUAAUUCUAUUAUUAAAGGAGAAUUUAACACAAUAGAUAUUGUAAAAAGAAUUAGUUUUUUUCAAUUUUUUGAAAAUUUUUAUAUAAACGCAAAUUAUGAUUUUAAGAAUAAAAGAGCUCUUUUAAAUUUAGAAAGUAAAUUUUAUGAAUAUUACAACAAAUUUGGUGACCAUUUUAGCUUUAAUAACAAAAUAAUUGUUCAAAGAGAUAGCAAAAAUCAAUACGAUGGUUCAGUGUGCUUAUCCUUAAAAUAUAACAACAACGUUUUUACACCUAUUUUUAACUUUAAAGACAAAUCUUAUGAAUAUUCAUAUGACAAUUUAAAUCCAAACAGAAAAAUCAGUGUGAAAAUAGAUAAAGACAGAAAUGUUCAUUUUAAUUAUUUAUCUUUCGAUAAAGUGAAUGAAUACAAUAAAUAUUUUUUAUUUUUUAAUUUUAUAUUCUCUAAUCCAAUGCAAUCAAUAAUAACAUUAAAGAGAGAAUUUAUUUUUUAA